AUGGCUGCUGCCCGCUCUGCCGGCGACAUGUUGUUGAGCUUGCGGCCCAUAGUGUCCGGGCGCGAGAGAGACUCGACUGCAAUGACGGUCAAGGCAUACGCAGACCACAACCCGUUCCUGUUCUUUGCAGGAGUGUUUGGGGCUGUGGUGGUGGCCAAGCGGAGGCUGCGGAGGAGCCAUGGCUUGGGCGCUCGCUGCCCGUCGGUGGUCACGGCUCUGGCUGCCAUUCCGCCUGUGGUGGUCAAGGCGCUGCUGCUGCUGAUGUGGCUCUCCAUUGCGUGGUUCUUUGUAUUUGAGGCGUACUACUCGGUCUACCGCUGUGCUGUCUCAGCCCGCUACCAUGACGAGACCAUCCUCAUCGCCCGCUCGGUCAUCACCUUGCUCGAGGAGCACAACGUGCCGUACUGGAUGGACUACGCCACCUUGCUCGCCGUCAUCCGCGGGCAGAGUAUCAACGAGUGGGACCACGACACAGACAUCUCCAUAGUCUUUCCAGACGAUGGGCCUGCCGCCCUCAUUGCUGCUAUCAAUGCUGCCGGUAUGUAUGCUGUCUGGGACGACCGCGACGCCAUCCAGAUCAUGCCAUACGAGGGCGCCAACCCGCUCAACUCGCCGCACAUGGACAUCUGGUUCUGGCGCGAGGAGAAGCUCGCCGACGGCUCGCGCGUUGUCUCUACCGCCUACGACGACGUCGCCUACCGCAAGCGUGCUUGGGACGACAUCUUUCCGCUCAAGGCGGUGGCCUGGAAGGCAUGGCCGGGCCACGACAUCUACAUCCCGGCCGAUGCGCAUGGCGUCUCGCAGAAGGAGUUUGGUGCCUGGCCGGGCUCGUACAUGACGCCUGUUGUCUACAAGGGCGAUUGCUUCCACAACUGGUUCCAGCGGCGGUGGCUGUAUUGAACUCCACUGCCCUUGCCACUGCCCCUGGCUGCGAUAAAGGUGGUUGCACACAUCGUGCCGUGCUGUACCUUGCUGAUAUCCUUAAAUGACCUGAAA